GAGUAUACAUAUGGAUGGAGGUCAGUUCUACGUCUCGUGUGCUGGCAACGAGCUCCGAUUAGGGAAAAUUCCCGUUUCGGUGCAAAACCUCUUAAUGAGAUUCUACAACAUAUGAGAAAUAGAUGUGAUGUUGUAGAGAAGAAGAAUAUUUUGGGAAAUCGGUCAAGUUUUGGUUAUGCCUGAAAAUUUGAAAACAAUUUUAACGGUAGGUUUCGGUUGAAAGUGUUCAAUUGUUAUCACACGACGGACGCUGAUCAAUUACAAUAGAAAUAAAUGGAAACUUUCAAGCCUAUCAUUAUUCACAACAACUAAUAUAUAAUAAAUGACUUACUACUGUGUUCUAGUUUGAUAGUGUAUGAAACACGUUUUAGAAUACAACUAAAAUGAAACAAAUCAAUAGUUUGAUACAUACAUGUCAAACAAGAAAGAGAGAAAAGAACACACAACUGGACAAAAAAGAAAAAUACUACACCAAGUAACAAGUGCCACAGAUAUUCAUGUCAAAACAUACCAAUACCGUGGGGACCCGGGUUAGAAUAGGUCCUCAGUAUCCCCCCCGGGAGAUCCGGGUUAGAAUAGGUCCUCAGUACCCCUUGCUUGUCGUAAGAGGCGACUAAAUGGGGCGGUCCUUCGGAUGAGACCGAAAAAACCGAGGUCCCGUGUCACAGCAGGUGUGGCACGAUAAAGAUCCCUCCCUGCUCAAUAGCCAUAAGCGCCGAGCAUAGGCCUAAAUUUUGCAGCCCUUCACCGGCAAUGGUGACGUCUCCAUAUGAGUGAAAUAUUCUCUCGAGGGACGUUAUACAAUAUUCAAUCAAUCAAUCAAUCAAAACACACCAACGUAAUAUUGAAGGCCUAUAUAUGAAACACUUUACAUCCAUUCCAUCACCUUACCAGAAAUCGACAGGGGAUGCUUACUCCUCCUAAGCACGUGAUUGUUAUAUACAGGUAAUUACAGUGUAUGUACUGGACUCUGUAGUGCAAGUCAUACAGAUGUAUGGAAAGUGAAGAUAACGAACAGUGAUCAAUCUCAUAACUCCUAUAAUGAAUACAAAAUGGAUAGUUGGGCAAACACGGACCCCUGGGAUAUAUAACAAUCAAAACAUGGAAGUGGAAUUAUUAUUAUUAGUUCUUUUUGUAAUCAAUAAUGAAGUUGAUUUCAAUCCAAAAUCGGGUUGGAGAGAAAGUGAAUCCAUAUAAACCAGAUAAAUACAUGUACAAUUGAAAGCAAAAUUUAGGAAGUUAUUUAAAAAAGAUGUUAAUCAUACAUGUGGAAUAUUGAUAACUUUAAAGCUGAAAGCUGCUUCAUCAACAAGAGUGGAAAGAACUCAUUUUGAAAUGAAAGUUAGUGCAAGAGAAUAUAUCAAAUAUAAUAUAAUAAAUUAGACUAGCAUAUAAUAAUGUGCAUGGAUUUAUAUUCAGGUAUUUUAGUGAUUGUUUCUUGAUACGUAAAUCUAAAAUUAAAACAAAAAUCCCCCCCCCCCCCCCCUUAAAAAAAACCUAAUAGUUUGUACACACGUACAUUAAACUCUGAACUCAUCAACAAGUGUGUAUUACACGCCUUGUGUAAAAGCUCAUAUUCAUUGCAAAGAAAACUGUCUUGGGUCUGAAUGAGACAUAAUACACAUUGCUAUUGCUAUUGUCUGAAUUUUAUAAAAAAGAUUUUUAUAACUUUGGCAAAAAGCACAAGAUUCAAUGCAAGUGUAGGAGUUCUAAUAUAAAAAAGAAGUGACUCGAUCGCAAUAAAUAUAAUAUAUUUACAACAUGUAAAUAUUAUAUAAGCUCAAUAUGAGAAUACCAAGCUAGGCACUCAAAAGUUUUCAAACGGUAAUGUUCAAACCGUUCUGUUAUACGCAACUAAGCUUGAUUGGUCCCUUAACACAGAGAUUGCGGAAUAGGCAGAACCAGUCUAAUAUUGAUAAGUUUGGCUUUUGAAAAAACCUUAGGGAGUCAGCCAGUGAAAUUUCCAUAAUCAAAUCAGCUACAUUUUAAAUGCUGUAAACUCGUAUACGGACUAUAUUUUUAUUUGGUAUCAUUAUAUUCCAAACGCGGAGAGGGUAUCGGUCUCCAUAAACUUUAAUAAAAAUAUUCACUACUAAUAUUGCUCCUGUUAGAAAUAAUGCUGAGUUACGUGACAUUGCCCCUUUGUGACACCGAUUCCUGUCCCUCGUUGUCAAAACAUAAUCGGACACAAGGUCUUUCUCCUUCACGAUCGACGCGGAUCUUACUGUGUAGUUGUUUUGUUUUUCUAUGCCGCACACAUUUUUGCUGUGUUGGGCGAAGUUUUUAUUGUCUUGGAAGCACAGUCAAAAUACAGAUGGAAAACUCUGAUGACUCUCGUGCAUAGCUUAAUGACGUGGCUUCUAAUUAUAGAUUGCACCAUGCAUCUUGACCUCUAACCGCUAUGAGAAGGUUACAGUGCAAAAGGCAUCUUAGUCCAAACCGGUUUCGUGUACAUAUUCUUAUUAUUUUUAAAGGUUUGCAGGAAUGAAUUUCUUAAUAAUCACUUUAAUUAUUACAGACGUAGAUUCAAACGGGAAUUUUAAAGAAAUACCUGCUUCUUGUGCCCCACUUUUCCCCAGAAUUCAAAGUUCAUUAAUUGACUAAUAAUAUGUCUGAACCAGAUGACGAUAAAAAGGUUUCCGGUUUCUGUCGCUUGUGUUUAGCGCUUAAAAUCAAUGGUAAAUACUUUAUCAUACAUUACAAAUGAUAUUUGCAAUGUUUUACCUUCGGUAUGUUUACCUAUUGAAAUAAUUAAUGUCAACGAUGUGCAUAUAUAUCACAAAAUGUUCGUCUCCUUUAAUUUCUCCUGUCAGAGACGAGUAAAUGAGUGUCUUUAAAUUUAAAUCAACUCGUAACCAGAUUCUUGGAUAUGAGUUGACUUUUUUACUCUUUGGGUACGAGUUGACCUAUUUGAUACGAGUUGACCUGGGUACGAGUCGGUCAGGGUACGAGUUGACUUGACUCCGCAUGGAUACAUGCACAUACUAUAUACUAUAUAUUUAAAUUAACUAUACAUGCACAUACUAUAUAUUUACAUUAACUAUACAUGCACAUACUAUAUAUUUACAUUAACUUCCAGUGCCCAUGGUAAAUAUCAAAAUCAUAAAAAAACCAGGAAAACGUCUGAUAUUUCGGACUAGAUUCAGUUAUGACCAUUUUUGCAAAUAAAGAAACAAUAAUCGACAAUAUCACCAGUGUUUGGGGUCGUAUUUUAUUACUUUUUACUCAAUCUAAUUAGAAUUAUAUCCUUUGAUUCGCUCACGAAUAUCGCAACACAACCUUGUUUUCGGAUCUAAUUUUUUCACUGAAAAUUCUUGGCUCGGCAACAAUCUCGCGACCCAUUUUACCUACACUAUAUAAACUGGUUUUCGUGUAAUAGGGGACUAGUUUAAGGAACCCUUAAUGAGUCGUUAUAAACUCAUUUUAUAAUAAAGUUAAGCAACUUUGUUUAUUUAGGUUUAUUUUUUUUUUCUUUCUGUCGAAUUUCCUUUGCAUUAUUUUCGUAUUAUUAACUGCUGUUAACGUAAUCUGAUUUUACGACAAGACGGACAAAAUCAGAUGUGCCACUUCCGGUAGGCACACAGAUGAGGAACACAGGAUGGAUGUUUCUGUUUUGACUGAAGAAGAAAGAAGGAGAGUCGGUGCCUUUCAAGAAAAAGUAAACAGUGUGAGAAGAGAUGGCCAUGGCAAGGAGCCACUACCAUGGAAUGUGGCAGUCAAGUUUCUCAUGGCCAGAAAGUUUGAUUGUCAAAGGGCAUUGGAAUUGUACAUUAAUCAUGAGGAAACAAGAAAUCGAGAAGAUUUGACCAUCAUCCAGGCAGCUGAUGAACGACUGAAGAGGGAACUCUCCACAGAAAAAUUUACUGUUUUGAGAGGCAGAGACAGAAAUGGUGCUGCCAUUGCCUUGUUCACUGCUAGAAUCCAUCAACCUAGUCUCACAAGUCAUCAGCUGGUUCUCAAGGCCCUGGUGUAUCAGCUAGAUGCUGCUUUAGAAAGUAUUGAAACCCAGAGAAAUGGUUUGGUAUUUAUAUAUGACAUGACAGAAUCCAAGUAUUCCAACUUUGAUUAUGAGCUGAGUAAAAAAAUCCUUAACAUGUUAAAGGGCGGUUACCCAGCUCGACUUAAGAAAGUUCUCAUUGUGACAGCCCCACUGUGGUUUAAGGCACCUUUUAAAAUCCUCCGACUUUUUGUGCGAGAAAAAUUAAGAGACAGGGUGUAUACAAUAAACUUGUCCCAACUUAUACAACAUAUACCUCACGAUGCACUUCCUCGACAGUUAGGUGGUGCAUCAACCACCAACCACAAGGCAUGGUUACAGCUCUGUUCCCAAGUAGCCCUCAAGGAGGAGGCAGACAUGAAUGCUUACUUUAUAUCAUAUAAACGACACACGACAGAAGACGGACAGGAAUCUUCUUGUCGCAGUGUAUCAACUGACAUGUCAGAUAAUUUACUGAAUAGUGACAUUGAUUCAGAAGAAUCUAAAGAAACGGUCAAUGAGAAGCAGAACAAUGAGGACUUAGAAAAAGAGGAUUCAAGUGAUGAAAAGGAGGUGACCGAAGAGAAGGACGAUUUGUCAAAUUCUGCCCCAUCCAAACGAAGGCUAGAUUCUGUGGGUAAUAAUGACUCUGUCAAAAGAGCUGCUCAGGAGACAAAUAAUGAAAACAAUUUUGAGGAGGAUUCUAUUGACAGUCCUCGCAAAAAACGCCCCUCCUCAUCCACGUCUUCAAUGUCAAACAACACAGUGGAGGAAAGUAUACAUCUGCCUGAGGAAGAGGGCAUGGACUUGGACCAGUUGGUGGAGUAUACUCGCAGCAUGAGACGGCGUGGGCUGAUGGAGGAGUAUGCCAGCAUAAAAAUGGAACCCCCAGCAGGAACUUUCACAAUAUCUAGGGCAAAAUACAAUCUUCCAAAAAACCGCUAUUCUGAUGUUCUAUGUUUGGACCACUCCAGAGUGAGAUUAGCCAUACAGAACAAUGACCCCAAUUCAGAUUACAUUAAUGCUAACUUUGUUGAUGGUUACAUGCACAAAAAUGCUUACAUAUCAACUCAAGGUCCAUUACCAAAAACCUUUGGAGAUUUCUGGAGAAUGAUGUGGGAAAACCAGGUGAUGGUCAUUGUUAUGACUACAAGGGCAGUGGAACGAGGCCGUGCAAAGUGUGGUCAGUACUGGCCCCCUGACGAGGACGGAGAGGAACAAUUUGAGGACUUCCUGGUAAUUAACACUCGUAUGGAGGUUUAUCAGGACUAUAACAUAACUUGGCUGUUCCUACUCAACACAAAGAGCAAUGAAUCUCGACAGAUCUACCACCUUCAGUUUACCUCCUGGCCAGACUAUGGGACUCCAAGCUCCGCUGCAGCUUUCUUGGAUUUCCUGUUCAAAGUUCGAGCAUGUCAAGAGGAGGCAGUGAGCUCCCUUGGAUCCAGCUGGCAGGGUCACCAUUUGGGCCCUCCCAUUCUUGUGCACUGUAGUGCUGGCAUUGGUAGAACAGGUACGUUUAUUACCACCGAUAUUAGCCUGCGCAGACUGGAUCAUAUACAGACAGUGAAUAUAAGAGACACGGUUCGUCGCAUCAGAUCACAGCGAGCCUUCAGUAUACAAAUGCCAGAUCAAUAUGUGUUCUGUCACUUUGCACUCAUUGAACACGGCAUGCGAGAAGGCGUUGUCGGAGAUGUCGAUUGGACUGGGUUUGAUGACAGUGAUAGUGACAUGAGUGAUUGAGGGCAUUAGGUUUCCUAUGACACUUCAGAUGGUACAUUGAAUGUUGUGUUAUAUGUCAUAUGGUUCUGAAUUUUGUAUAUGUCAAAUGAUCUGAAGUGCCAUAUGGUGCAGUUUUGUUAUACCUAUACAUUGAACAUGUUCAGAAUUAAUUACAUACUUUAUGUAUUUAUAUCAUUUGUAUUAGUAUACCGUAUAUUUUUUUUUAUUGUAGUAUGUUUGUAAUAAAUUUCAUAGACAUAUUCCCAUGUUUAGGACUGUAACAACAUUUAGAUUAUUAUUUUUGUAUUAUUCUUUUGUGUAAAUCAUGAUUAUUUUUAAAGAAUCAUUCACUAGUCCUUCAGUAAUAACACCAUUGUAUGUUUCUUUUAAUUUACAUGAUUAAUUAAUUUAUAAAACACAUCAUCAUAUUGUUUACAUUUUAAAGGUGCCAAUUUUCUUAAUAUUUGUCAUGACAUUCAUUACCUAGAUCUGAUGCCACUACAGUUAGUUUUGGGAUGGACACAGUAUUUUACAGGAUAUGUUUCGGAAUAAGAAUUUAACAUCAAGCCCUUCACACACUAUCAAUAUAAAAUUAGAGUUGUUGUUCAUAUUUUAUGAAGCUUUCGUGUGAACAUUGUAUCUUCAUUAAAGUUAAAUGUUUAUGGCUGUGUGUAGAGUUUUAUUUUUUGGCACAUAAAAAGUAUUGAUACAUUGUUAUUUUCUGAAUUAUACUAGCACCAAAUGCUUAUGGAAGAAAAUAAAUAAUUAUACAUAAGCUUACAUCAUAUUUUAUUCAUACAUUUAUGUACAUGUAUUGGUCAUCAUAACAUUUAUUUAUUAACAAUAAAAGUGAAUUACAAUUGUACAUGUAUAGUAAUUUCUUACGAAAUCAAGAACCUCAGAAUUCUCUCAUCCUAAAAAUUAAAUGUGUGUGUUGAUUUUACUAUUACUGUGGAGUCAUUUUAAUUCAUGGGGGCUAAUGUUCGUGGGUUGCUGGUUCUCGGGGACGUAAUUUCAUGAGUAAGCGAUACAAUGCACUAGGAGAGAUAACGCUACUGGGUGUAAAGAAAUGUUCGAGGACACGUAAAUUUGUGUGUAAGAGUGACCCACGGAAUCCAUGAACAUCAACCCCCCCCACGAACAAUGAUGAUUCCACGGUAUAGGCGAUGGCAACAAAGAGACGUUAUAGGUAGAAAAAUCCAGAUAAUUCCAUAUAAAGGGUUUCUGUUGAAGGAAAAGUAGUGAUAUGUAAUAUUCAUUGCACAUUAAAAUAAUAAAUUUCAUCAGAAGACCAUCAUAAAUGUUAUCUAAUACGAUUUUCAAAGAAAUUGACACUAAUUGUUUGCCAGUACACUGAAAAUAAUUUUUUUUGCAAUAUAUUAUCAUUAGAUCUGUGAUUGUGUGAUGUAUUUAAUAGGCAAGUGAAUAUGGUACUUGUAUCAGGCUACUGUUCAUUUUCUAGGUAUUGUUCCAUUUCAGUGUACUUGGGAGAGGGGAUGUCACAAUUAUUUUAACACUCCACUAACUUUAUAUAAAAAUAUAAACCAAAUGACAUCAACAAUAAAAAAAAAAAAAGCCACCCUCUUCCCCCAUGGAUUAAUUUAAGUUCGACAAACCUAUUAUGUACAUUUGUUAGUUUUUAAAUUUGCAACAUAUAAUUCAAAUCAAACCAAUCUAUCAAGGACAUAUAUUUUUUUUGUCCACAGUAAAUCAUAAACGUGUUGUUUCCUCCCCCCACCAUUUGAUGUCAAUAUGUCGUUUUUCCCCACCGUAUCGUAGAUGUGUUGUUUUUUGGGGCGGUUUUCUUAAAUCCAGAAUUUAUGGUAAUUACAUGUAAUAAAUACAAACUUGCAAAUGAAAUUGUAUAGAUAUAUGUUUAUCUUCAAUUUUCUUUGAUGAUUACAUGUAUAUCUGUUUGUGUCCAUGACUUUUUUUCUCUGUUGAAAUAUUGAAGCAGAAAAAAUGUUGUAAUUUGGCUGAAUUCAUAUCAGUUUUGACUUACACGAGCUAUAGGCUCAACUGAACUUUUCUUACCAAAAUUUCAUUGUAAUUUGUGAGAAGGUAUGCAUGUUACAUUAUGUACAUUAUAUUGUACAUAUAUAUACUUUUUACUGUAUAUUCAUAGUUAACUUUUCAAAUUUUUUACUAUUCUCCAGAACCACUUUCAACCAAACCUGGCACAGAAUAUCCUUAGGUGAAGGGGAUACAAGUUAUCAUUAAAAUGAAGGCUCAUUUCUUCUUCCAAGGGGAAAUAAUUAAGAAAAUUGGAAAAAACAGAGUGUGAUUAAAUAAAUCUCGACAAAAACCUAUGCAAGCAUCCUCACAUAGUGUAGAUUCAUAGUUCACACCAUGACCCGAGGGGCUACAAUAAGUUUUUAAAAAUUUGAAUUUACAUGGGAAUUUACAGAGGAACAUUGUUUCAAAAUUAUUUUCUCCAGAACUAUAUACAAAUUAUCAUGCAAUUAUUCUUUAUAGUGUAGAUUCAAUUUCUUCAUAUGACAACUCCUAGACCCAGGAUGUCUGGGACUAGACAGUAGGAGUUUGCAGUUGUUUAUAAAAAUAUUCUUUCAAAAUCUUCUGCUCAAGAACCUGAAGACCACAAUUUGUCAAUUUCAAAUUAAUGUGCAAUCAUCUUAUACGAUCUUCAUACCUUGACCCCCGGUGCACUUACAGUAGGGGUUUGAAAUUUAGAUGCUUAUUGGGUAAAUGCAACUGCUAAAGUGAAGGAUGUGGCCAUGGAUUUCUUGCUUUAAUUAUUGAAAAUCAUAUUGAGAGAAUUGAUGUCUUUAUAACAAUUUUUAAAUUAACUUUAUAUUUGAAUUGAGUUUCCCUUUUUUAAAAUGAAUUGGAAAUAUAUAAUUUUUGUAUGAAUUUUCAUAUCAAUUGUUACAAUUUUUUUUUUAAUCUUGAUUCUUUGAAAUUCCAUGCAGUGGAUGAUCUCUUUCAGGAAAUCCACAUCUUAUUUUUUCCCCCUAUCUCAUAAUGGAAAAGGAUGUCAGGCCUCUUAUAAUAAGUAAACAUUUUGACAUUUGCAAGCAACAAUCAGUAAAUACGAUAAAACGUUCAAUGAAUAGGCAUGAAUAAAUGUCCUUUCCACGUUUCUCAGAAUCUAGAUGAAAUUUAUCGUGUACGUUUACACAAGUAGGGAAAUGUUUCUUGGUAUUUACACUGUCGUGCCCUGUGUGGCUGUAAAAGAUAAAAUUUACAUUCCAACACCUGUUAAUCAAUGAUUUGUUUGGUUUUAUUCAUUAUGUAAUAAAUUGCAAUCAAUAUUGAUAUGUAUUGUUUUCCCUGAAAUUGUGACGAGAAACCAGUUUAGCAAUUUGAUAAAGGGGCACAAAUGCACAUCAGCAGUAGGGAAUACUGCAAUGUUUAUUUUAUUUUAAAGCGUUUUUAAACUGUUGCAAUUACUUAAAUAAAUGUAGUUUAUGCCUUCAGUGACCAUUUAUGAAAUAAAUGUUAUGCUUUUAAAAUUGUAUGCAUCAAAUGUAUAUGUGAAUAAAUUUUCUUUUUAUACAGAAUUGGUUAAUUACGGGCCAGUAGCAAGUGUUGUGUUGUUCAGAGGCUGGGGUGUUGUCAUGAUUUACAUUUUGUGUGUAAUGUUUGAACAUUUCCAGGCAGUUAUGUACCUUGUUUAUUCAUUAAUUGAUAUGUGUGUCAAUAUUGUCAUCUCAUAAUAUAUUAAUAAAGUUGCAAAAAGUAG